AUGAUUGAAAAAAUAAAAGCCCGCAUCAAAAUCUUCAAAAGUGACACCGACCCACGAACGCCUUUCGAAAUUUUCUGCUUCAUCAAGGAAAUUUUCAACAAAUGCAUCGAACCCGUAGUUGGCCGAUUUUUGGAAGACAAUUGGCGCUGGAAUUUCCGUUGUUAUCACGCUUUGUUCUUGCUCGUCAUUUCCGGAGUCAUGUACAGCAGCAACGCCUACGAAAAUCGCUCGAAUCGGACAAAAAUGCUUUUUAGCGUCUGCAUGGGUCUCUUUGACAUUCUCGGCUUUCAAAUGGUUUACAUCUUCAUCAUUAGACGAGAUCAGGUUUUUAGGAUCUUGAAGAAAAUUGAGGAUUAUAUAAAAUGUUGUGAGAAAAAACCGGGACUGCCGAUUCUGUUGGAAAACCUAAAAUUGAUGGAAAAAGUUGUAAUUUUAGCAAGUGUUUGUAUUUUGUCCUCUGGAGUGCUAAUGGCUCUGGCUCCAAUUUUAUUUUACGUCAUUUUCGGUCGAAUGCAGUUCAUUUUUUACUGUUUCAUCCCUUACGUCGACUACUACGGACAUCCCGGCUUCGAAAUUCACGUCGCAAUGCACGCCUGGAUGGUACUUUUCUUCAUUUUUGCCGUCGUGCCGAUGAUCGGAAUCGUUUUGCUGUACUUGGCAAUGUCAGGAAUCGAAGUUGACGUUCUCCGAAAUCAAUUGUCGACGUUAAAAAAUAAUUUAUUAGCUGAAAAAUCGUCUCACCACCAAUUAAAGGCACUGUUGAAGCAAAUUUACAAAGAUCAUCUCGUCAUCGUGUUGUACAUUGGUGACGUCGAAGGAAUGUUGUCGUACAUGUUCCUCUUGGACCAAUUUAUUCUCGGAUCGCAAAUUGUCAUGUCGCUUUUUAUUUGCACGGAGGAAUUUUGGUUGCCCGGAUAUAUCAUCGUCGUGUUGGGAACGGGAUUUUUCUUCAUGUCGAAUUUGCUGGGAACCGUGAUUGAAUGGAAAUUCGAAAAGUUGUGGAUGGAUGUCUGGGAUGUUCCGUGGUACUUGAUGCAUCGCAAAAAUCAAGAAGAUUACAUUUAUUUUCUGGCAAAUACGCAGAAAACGGAUUAUUUGACAGUUGGUCGAUUGGCGCCUUUGUGCUUAGAUACAUUCGUGAGACUUUACAAAGGAAUUUAUUCGUAUUUGAUGAUUUUGAGAGAAACUAAAGUUUAA